AUGGGUGUGGACGUUCAGAAGAAAGUGCUCAAGAGGAAGCUCGAGAAAAUGAAGGCCACUCAGGCCAAGAUGAGGAAAAAGGAGCUGGCGGCUCGAGAAGCAGCAAAAGACAUGGAAGUAAAAGAAGAAGUUGAGGAUGAAGAGGAUGAUGAUGAUGAGCCUAAAGCAAAUACACAGAAUGGAGAAGCUAAUGAGUCAACUCAAUCGCCUGCUCGUGCAGAAGAGGUUUCCUCAUUUUUAUCUGAGAAAACAUUUGAUGGAUUAAAAGGCAAGGUCAACGAUAAAUUGCUAGAAGCGAUUCGAAAAAUGGGCUUCACUACCAUGACCGAGAUUCAAGCGAAAAGCAUCGAACCGCUCCUUGAGGGCCGCGAUGUACUGGCUUCAGCGAAAACAGGUUCCGGAAAGACACUGGCGUUCCUAAUUCCUGCUAUUGAGCUGUUAUUAAAGCUAGAAUGGAAGCAGUAUAAUGGAACGGGUGUAAUAAUUGUAUCACCUACAAGGGAGCUGUCGAUGCAGACGUAUGGAGUGCUUACAGAACUUUUGGAAGGGACUCCACUAAGCCAUGGUCUGGUUAUGGGAGGCUCAAAUCGAAGCGCUGAGCAGGACAAAUUAGCUAAAGGUAUAUCAGUGCUGGUCGCGACACCAGGUCGACUACUGGAUCAUUUGCAAAAUACGGACCCAUUUGUAGUGAAAAACCUGAAAUGUCUUAUAAUUGACGAAGCAGACAGGAUUCUAGACAUUGGAUUUGAGAUUGAAAUGCAGCAGAUUCUUCGCCAUCUUCCAAAGAAACGACAGACCAUGCUCUUCUCGGCAACUCACACACCAAAGGUGGAUGAACUCGUAAAACUUUCAUUACACUCAAAUCCAGUGAAAGUGUCAGUUUCGGAGAAGAGUGAAGUUGCUACGGUAGAAGGGCUUCAGCAGGGUUAUGUUGUUUGUCCAUCUGAAAAGCGAUUCUUAAUGUUGUUCACCUUUUUGAAGAAGAACAAGAACAAAAAGGUAAUGGUGUUUUUCUCUUCAUGCAAUUCCGUGAAAUACCACCAUGAAUUGUUAAAUUAUAUAGACAUUCCCUGCAUGUCAAUACAUGGCAAGCAAAAACAAGCCAAGCGAACCUCUACCUUUUUCCAAUUCUGCCAGGCAGAGACUGGAAUCUUAUUAUGUACUGAUGUAGCGGCUAGAGGUCUCGACAUACCUGCUGUUGACUGGAUCGUCCAAUACGAUCCACCGGAUGAACCACGAGAGUACAUUCAUCGUGUUGGUCGUACCGCAAGAGGAAAGGAUGGCCGUGGUAAUGCGUUACUAGUGCUUCGUCCUGAGGAGUUAGGAUUUCUGCGGUACUUACGAGCAGCGAAAGUGGUCCUGAAUGAAUUCGAAUUUUCAUGGUCAAAGAUCGCCAACAUACAAUCCCAAUUAGAGAACUUGAUCGACAAGAAUUACUAUCUGAACAAAUCAGCAAAGGAGGCGUACAAAUGCUACGUUAGGGCGUAUGACUCGCAUUCGUUGAAGGAUAUUUUUGAUGUGAACAAUCUGGAUUUGAUAGCAGUAUGCAAGUCGUUCGGGUUCUCCGUGCCGCCCUUCGUGGAUCUGCCGAUAUCUCACAAGCCAAAGGUGCAAAUAAGGUCCAAAUUGUCAGGAGCUGGAUACCGAAAACGACCAAAAGCGUUCACUUUCAAGCAAAAACCGAAAAAAUAA